GACGCGGCAGAUGUAGUAUCGGGUACGGAAUGAAAUUCGGUUAAUUGAGAAAGUAAAUUACACAUGUCGAUCUGAAUCGCUUCAAGCUAUGGGUAGCAUACGCGUCGGGACUGACAGGGUGAAGACCAAAGCACAUAUCUUCCAGUGAUUGACCAACCAGCGUUCUAGCCAUCUUACAAUGCCAUAUAGCCUUGCUCUUUUGAGCCUUGGCAAAGCUUGUUCCGAUGUUCCUGCAUUGCUUAACCGACCUUGCACUAUGUUAGCUAGGUAGCUUCUGGCAUUAGCUAAACAUAUCUGUAGGUCUUCGACAAUUUGCCGAAAAACUUCAUCCCCUGGGUAGGCAGUUAUGGGCAUAGGUUGGCGUGAUGUGAUUUUGGAAAGGGGAAGUCUCUCCGUAGAGUCAAAAUGUGUAUAUAUAUAACCCUAUGAUCACCUCACUCUGAACUGAGAAUAGGGUCAAAUCACUACCAAAUUCUACUCAGUCGUCUUAGGAUAAUCGUCAUGAAGGGAAUCAUCGCUCUCCUACUUCUUGGCCUCGCUGUCGCAGCACCUGUCAACCAGGAGCUUCAAAACGAAUUGCCUGGUGAAGACAUCAAGACUCGCCCGCAUCCCACCGGUCUUCCCACCGUUAGCUUUUCGCUUCCGCCGCUACCAACUGGCUCCGGCUUCCCCGGAUGUGAGCUAACAACGUAUGAUAUCGCAACUGGCAACAAGCUAAUAGAGUCCAAACAGUCCCUCGCCCAACUGGUAAACCAGGUGGCCCAGGUGGUUUCCCGCGCCCUACAGGCGGCCCUCGUCCCACGGGCCGUCCCAAACCCACCAGCCGCCCUCAUCCCACGGGUCGACCACAGCCUACUAGUCGACCUCACCCCACUGGUCGCCCCGGCCGCCCUACCACUAAAUCGUCGCUGCCCACUCCCACUCCGACGCCGUGAAAUGGUGCAACGUGCUGAGUUAUCAAAAGCGUCAUGAAGAGGACCUUACUCUAGGCUACGACACUAAAGGUCUAUUCAUCAUUUGCUUAGUUAUUAAAAAAAGAGGAUAGUGUAGUUAGGACGGAUAUGACAGGCUACCAUUCUAAGUAGACAAGAACGACAAAUAAUCAGGGGCUUACUAGACCUGACAAUAUUCUUGUAUUUUAACUUCACAACCUUAUCUCAAGAAACUUGGAUUGUACUUUCUACUACACGAGUAAGCCC